AUGAGACAGCUUUGUAUCUGUGUGUCUGUCCUGCUAGCCUUGGCCACCAUGGCUGUGGCUAGGCCUAAAGCAGGACCGGAGCAGAAGUGCAAGUCCGGCCCAGUGGACCUCAUGUUCAUUAUUGACAGCUCUCGAAGUGUGCGGCCCCACGAGUUUGAGACCAUGCGCAAGUUCAUGAUUGACAUCAUCCACACGCUGGACAUGGAGGCGAAUUCCACCCGAGUGGGCGUGGUGCAGUACUCCAGCCAGGUCCAGAACGAAUUCUCUCUCAAGACCCACGGCAAGCUGCAGGGCAUGGUGAAAGGCAUCAUUGAGAUCCUCCCCCUGGCGCAGGGCACCAUGACGGGCCUGGCCAUCAAGUACGUCAUGAACCAUGCCUUCACGGCAGCCGAGGGCGACCGACCCAAGGUGCCCAAUGUGGCCGUCAUCGUAACGGACGGGCGGCCCCAGGACCGCGUGGCGGAGGUAGCAGCCGAGGCUCGUGACAAGGGAAUAGAGAUCUAUGCGGUGGGCGUCGCCCGGGCGGAUAUGACCUCGCUGCGUGCUAUGGCGUCGCCGCCCAUCGAGGACCAUGUCUUCCUGGUGGAGUCUUUUGACCUGAUCUACCAGUUUGGCCUGCAGUUCCAGGACAAGCUCUGCGGGAUGGAUCUGUGCCUGGAGUCUGACCAUGGCUGUGAGCACCUCUGUGAGAGCUCCCCUGGUUCUUUCCGCUGCCUGUGUCUGCCAGGGUACACUCUCAACGAGGAUGGCAAGACCUGUAAAGCCAUAGACCCGUGUGCUGAGCGGAAGCAUGACUGUGAGCAGAUCUGUAUCCCCUACCCUGGAGCCUUCACCUGCGGCUGCAACACUGGCUACACCCUUAACGACGACAAGAAGACCUGCACAAUGAUUGGCUACUGUUCAUUUGGGAAUCACAGCUGUCAGCAUGAGUGUGUGAGUGUCCUCAAUGGCUAUUUCUGCCACUGUAAUGAGGGAUACACACUCCAGGAGGAUGGAAAGACCUGCCAGAUGAUAGACCUGUGUGCUGAGGGGAAGCAUGACUGUGAGCAGAUCUGUAUCACCUCUCCGGGCACCUUCACCUGCAACUGCAAGACUGGCUACACCCUCAACGAUGACAAGAUUACCUGCACAAUGAUAGACCUGUGUGCUGAGGGAAAGCAUGAAUGUGAGCAGAUCUGUAUCGCCUCCCCUGGUGUCUUCACCUGUGACUGCAACGCUGGCUUUAAACUCAACAAUGACAAGAAUACCUGCACAAACUUGUGUAACACAGUGGAGCAUGGCUGUGAGCACCAGUGUAUCAGUACACCAGGCUCCUACUACUGCAUCUGCCCUGAGGGACAGCUACUGGCGGAGGAUGGCAAGGCCUGCAGAACCUGCAGAUCGGCCAACAUUGACCUGGUCCUCCUCAUCGAUGGCUCCAAGAGCGUGCGUCCCCAGAACUUUGAGCUGGUCAAGCAGUUUGUCAACCAGGUGGUGGACUCCCUGGAUGUGUCCGCCCAUGGGACUCGAGUGGGCGUAGUGCAGUACUCCAGCCACGUGCGCACAGAGUUCGCCCUCAAAAUGUACGAGAAGGCAAAUGACAUCAAGAAGGCGGUGAUGAACGUGGAGUACAUGGAGAAGGGCACCAUGACGGGCCUGGCCCUCAAGCACAUGGUGGAGAACAGCUUCUCGGAGGCCGAGGGGGCCCGCAAGAACAUCCCUCGCGUGGGCCUGGUCUUCACUGACGGCCGCUCUCAGGACGACAUCACUGAGUGGGCCAAGAAGGCCAAAGAAGCAGGUAUCACCAUGUAUGCUGUUGGUGUUGGGAAGGCCGUGGAGGAUGAGCUGCGUGAGAUUGCCUCAGAGCCACUAGACAAGCACUUCUUCUAUACCACUGACUUCACUUUCAUCAACCAGAUAGCCGAGAACCUCAAGCUCAAUGUCUGUGCAGAGGAGAGCCAGGGAGAGAUUGAGGUGAAAGACCCAUGUGCCUGUGAGAGUUUGGUUGAGUUCCAGCAAGCAACAAUGUCCACUCUGGAGCAGCUGAAAACAAAACAUAUCCUUCUAUAUACUGCACUUGUUCAUUAA